AUGCCGGCCCUUUACACCUCAUCCAGAGAUGUAGGCGAUGUACUAGUAGGGCAGGACGACGCUCGCCGUCUCAUCGAAACAUGCUCGUCUGGCGACGACCUGGCGUUGCUGAGUCUGCUAUCGCAGCCACAACAUAUCACGACGAUUCUCAGUAAACCACACACCAUCUAUAGUAAAGAUUCACGCGGGAAGGUCACGGCAAGGCCAAUCCCAAAUCUUGAGCGGGCUUUGACGGUAGCGGCUCAGAAUGGCCACGCUGCUGUUGUGACUGCACUGCUUGCUUUCGCAACAGAGCAUAACAUACCCCUUUCCGAUAUUGUGACAAGAGACGUCGUCAACAAGGUCAUCGAUGGUGGACACGCCGCUGUCGUCAAGGCACUAGGCGCCGCCUACCCGAAGGUCACCGAAAUCCGCAUCGGCCACGGCCACGAGCGGCCACUUUACGAGGCUGUGAGGCGAAGGAGACCAGAUGUAGUUGCUGCAUUGCUCGAGCUCGGGGCAGACCCAUUGCAUCCCGUUGCGCCAGGCUACAAAAAACUGGGGAACUUCCGCUCGUCCCUGAUGUCUUUCGCUGCAAUGAAUGAGGGUCCGCGCACCACUGCGAUGCUGUUGGAACGCGGUACGCCUAUAGCGGGUACUGCUGCGUUGCACACCGCUGCAAGAUUUGGUAAGCUCGAUACUAUGCGCCUGCUGAUGCAGCAUGGCGCGGAUCUGGAGGAGGUCGUACCCGGCUGGAAGGGUUGGACACCGAUGCACUUCGCUGCCUCGACUGGCAAAGUCGAUGCCAGGAAACUGCUAGAAGAACAUGGGGCUCGCAAGGACGCGAGAGACGAGGAUGGUAAGAUGCCCGCGCAACUGCUGGAGGGGCAGAAUGCUGCUUAG